AUGAAAGCCCUAGGAAGCGAAACAUUCCUCUUCUUCUUUCUCUUGCUGUUUUCCUUCUAUUCUUCCCAAGCUACGCCGCGGAUGGACAGGGAGGUGGGCCGUGACGGUCCUUCGUCGUCACCGUUCAAGGUCGGCGUUAUCGUGGAUCUCGGAUCCCCGGUGGGGAACAUAACGCGCCUCUGCAUGCAGAUAGCCGUCUCCGACUUCUACGCGGAGCACCCGAGCUAUGCCACGAGGCUGGACCUCCAUUUCAGAGAUUCGCGACGGGACACCGUUACAGCCGCCUCUGUGGGUACUGUCUCUCUCAAACUUGAUGAUUAAUCAUCCACUCGUUCAAUCUGUUAUAAUUUUUUAUCGAUUGUUCUUAAUUAUAGUUGUUCUCUAGUUAUGUUGGAGCCCAUAAAAACUCAGGAAUACUAUACUUAAUAUAUUUUCCGUUGGUGCUUUCGAUGAUAAGUCGGAAUGGUGACCUUGUUUCUAUGACCCCCCUAGCUGCUGGUCAGAUUCGUCAUGUAAAUUUCUGCGUGAAAGUGUUUCCGUACAAUUCAGGACCGGAUUUGCAGUAUUUUCCACAAUUAUGUAACCAUCUCCCCUUCAUUUAAUUUUCUGUAUGAGCUCGGAUCCAGCCGUCGAUCUGCUGAAGUUUGAAAGAGUGCAUGCGAUCAUCGGUCCACAGACUUCCGACGAGGCAGGGUUCAUCGUUGACCUAGGAAACAGGGUCAGGGUCCCAAUCGUUUCCUUCUCGGCGACGAGUCCAUCUCUAUCGCCUGUGAAGACCCCCUACUUCGUCCGUGCUGCCCUGAACGACUCAUUCCAGGCGCAGUCUGUGGCAAUCCUCGUGCAGUUCUACGGGUGGAAACAGGUGGUUCUGAUACACGAGCAGUCAGAGUACGGCACCGGGGUGGUGCCUUAUCUUGUUGAUGCCAUUAAAGCCGUCGGAGCUCGCAUCCCUUACAGGUGCGUACUCCCGCCGUCGGCCUCUGGUGACCUCAUCUUGACGGAACUGUACAAGCUGAUGAACAUGGAGAGCAGGGUAUUCCUUGUUCACAUGUCCCCGGCUCUGUGUUCUCGGUUUUUCGCGAAGGUCAACCAGGCGGGAAUGAUGAGCAAGGGGUUCGCGUGGAUCUUGUCCGAAGGGUCGACCAGCCUUUUGGGCAUCAUGGAUCCAUCUGUUCGUCCCCACUCCACUGGCACUCUCAUCGGUGUAAAACCCUACAUCAACAGCACGGACAAGCUCGAGAAGUUCAAAAGGAGAUUGCUUGGGGAGUUCCAGAAGCAGAAUCCCAAGUCUAGGAUCUCGGAGCCGAGUGUCUUGGGGCUGUGGGCGUACGAUACUGUCUGGUUAAUGGCCAUGGCCGCUGAGAAUGUCGGCGCAGCCGACCCAGGCUACGUCAAGUUGGACACGGGAGAACCUUCAUACGAUCUGCAAGCGCUUGGGGUAUCGAAGACAGGUCCAAUGCUUCUCCGUACAAUCCGUGGCAUGGAGUUGACCGGACUGAGCGGGAAAUUCAACCUUAGCAAUGGCCAGCUGUAUGCGCCAGCCCUCGAGAUAGUUAACCUGCACCGACAGCAAGAGAGCACCUUAGGGUUCUGGACGCCGGAGAAUGGCAUCAACCGAACGAUGAGCACCUCGAAGAAACGGCCCUCGGACACCAAGGCAGACCUGUCUCCCGCCAUCUGGCCUGGGAAUACUAGGGUGAUUCCCAAGGGAUGGGUGAACCCAAUGACCGGGAAGAAGCUGAGGGUGCUGGUCCCAGAUCCAGAGAACCCGGGAUUCUACCCACUUCUGAGCGUCCAUGUCAACCCCGACACCGACAAGACCGUUAUUAGCGGGUACGUCUUUGAGAUGUUCGAGGCCGCCGUGAUGGAGUUGCCCUAUGCUCUACCAAUCGAGUACACCACAGUAAAACUCAGCGGCAACGUCGCAGAAUACAAUGAUCUCGUCCAGAUGAUAUUCGAUCAGGUCAGUUUCCGUCUCUUCUCCCUGAAAAUUCAUCAGGAACUGACGGUGAUCUUCAACAUAAUGUGGCCAACAGAAGUAUGACGCCCUAGUGGGGGACGUGACGAUCACCUUUAAUCGAUCAAGAAAAGUAGACUUCACACAGCCUUAUCUUCAGUCUGGAGUAUCCAUGGUGGUGCCGCUCCGGGAUCACAGGGAAAACAAUGCUUGGAUCUUCUUGAAGCCUCUUACGCCGGAGCUUUGGCGCGUCAUCGGGGCCUUCUUCUUUUUCACUGGCGCCAUCGUGUGGAUCCUCGAACACCGAGUCAACGGGGACUUCAGGGGGACGCCGGGGCACCAGUUUGGGACCGUGCUCUACUUCAUCUUCUCCACACUGGUCUUCUCACACAGUUCAGUAACUCUUCUUCGAUUCCAUCUUUUUUCGCAUCGAAGUCGUGGAUCCCAUGUCUUUCAUUGGUAAUGAUUGAUCACGUCAAAAAAAUUGGCAACUUUAGUUUCCAGCGCUGAGGCAUGAGCUGGAUUUGUGGCCCUGGACAGUCAAUUCGAUGGCCACCACUCGGUCCCUGUUUGACUGGUAUUUCGUAGCUUAUCAGUUCGCCAAUUGGCUUCGGAUAAAGUAUAAUAUGGGUGGGCACAAGUGCGAGUGGAGUGGAAUCUUCCAUCUAAUAAAGACAGAACUUCAUUAGCUCUCUCUCUCUCUCUCUCUCUCUCUCUCUCUCUCACACACACACACACACACACACACACACAUGCACACACACACACGCACACACACACACGCACACACGACACACACACAAUUUUCGUUCUCUUCGCUGGUCUUGUCCUGAAUACCAUGAAAACUUUUUUCUAACGAAAGAAUUUAUAUUUGGCUGCAGAAGAGAAGAUGUUGACCAACCUGUCAAGGGUCGUGGUCAUCAUCUGGCUGUUUGUUGUGUUCAUAUUACAAUCAAAUUAUGUCGCCAGCUUGACCUCGAUGCUCGCUGUUAAGCAUCUCGAACCGACUGUCACAGAGAUCGAGGAACUCAUCAAUAGAGGUGAGUAUGUUGGAUACCAGAACCACUCGUUUACCAAGGAAAUGCUGAAGGAUAUGGGAUUCGAAGAGGAGAAACUAAGACCCUAUGGGUCGCCCGAGGAAUACCAAGCGGGCCUUGCGAAGGGCAGCAAAAAUGGAGGUGUUGCCGCUGUGAUCGACGAGAUACCGUACCUCAAAGUCUUCCUCGAGGAUUACUGUGGUAAUUAUUCCAUGGCCGGCCGAAUACACAGGGUCGGCGGAUUCGGCUUCGUGAGUCUCUCGCUGGUUUUACUUCUCCAUCUGGAUUGUCUAAUGCCCUGUUGAACGAAUUCAACUGACCACCGUGCAGGUAUUUCCCAAAGGAUCUCCUCUUGUUUCCGAUCUCUCGAAGGGGAUCUUGAACAUAAUGUGGACCGGGAAGAUCAGGGAGAUUGAGGGAAGGUGGUUCCGAGACCAGGGCAGCUGCUCUAGGCCUAACAGCAGGCUCACCUCCGACAGCCUCAACCUAUCGAGUUUUUGGGGCCUUUUCCUCAUUACUGGCCUUGCCACAGCAGCAUCGCUUCUCUGCUUCAUGUUUUCCUUCAUGUAUCAGCACCGGCAGCGGAACUCCAGCUCAGUUCGCACCUUCUGGCGCAGAUUGGUGUCAGUGGCAAGACAUUACGACAAGAAAGGCAUCUCUUCUCACAAUUUCAGUAGUCAGGCCAAUGAUGGGAUGUCCAGUAAUGAAGACAUGGGAUAA